GAAUUUGAAACUUAAAUAUUUCUUAAAACCAGCAUAUGCUUCUUUAAAUCUUUAUUGAGUGAAAAAUUAGCAAGAUCGUCCAGAGAGUAUGCCCACAAAUCAUAUAUUGUACAAAUGUUCGGAUAGGAGGUCAUAUUCGGAUACGAUUAAAAAACGCACACAAAAUUGCCUUUAAUAGUGCAUUUAAUGAGGGACACAAAAGUUGAACAGGCUUGUCAAGCUGGUGAAGAAUUCUCAAAGCUGUAUUAUGACACAUUUGAUAAAAAACGACAUUUACUAACUAAGUUAUACCAAGACUCUGGGGAGGCAACAUGGAAUGGAAAUAAUUUGAAAGGGAAAGAAGCAAUACUGAAAUUCUUCACGGAUUUACCAACAUCAGAACAUAAAGUAGAGUCUUUAGACUGCCACCCAUUGUCAGGUAAUGUAAGCAAUUUUUUAUCUAACUAGCUCAGGGUGAGCUAUUAUUAUCAUAUAAUAUCUGUUGUCUGCCCUGUACUUCAUUUGUUUAUACUUUAGUGGUCACAUCUUUGCCUCAAUUGUUACCAAACUUGUCUCAAUAAUUAUUUGAAUGAGUUUAAAAAAAUCGGUACUCCAAUGAGUUUGAAAAUGGUUAAUCUUGAAUUAAAAACAAGACCACAUGACCCAAAAAUAGAAAAAAUCUUCUUAACACUCUGGAGAUAAUGUAUUUUCAGCCCAAAUAUUGUAACUUGUUAAAAAGGUUUGGAUAAUUUCUAGCUCAAUUUUUAAUAUGGGUCAUCUGGUGUCAAAAGCUAUAUCACACAGCCCAAGUUAACACUUGAUGUUACAUUUUCUGCAGGAAAAUCCUAGAAAUUUAUCAGAAAGGUUGUGUUAUAAUUUCUAGGUCAAAGUCAGAUAUAGGUUAUUUUGGGUCACACUCUAGUGGAAACAUUUCAACAAAUCAUUUAGUAGGGGAAAGAAAUUUGAACAAAUUUGCCUGCUGUAAUUUGACAUUAGAAGUUCUGCAUGGUUUAUUUUU